AUGGCGAAAAUCCACAAAUUACGGUUUGAACUGCUUGACCAUCCGCCUUACUCAUCAGAUCUAGCCCCAAGAGACUUGUUUUAUUUCACUUGUCUAAAAAUUUCACUCGGAGGACAGAGAUUUUCGUCAAAUGAGGAGGCAAUUACCUACGUGAACAAUUAUUUUGCAGGGAAAAACGCCGAGUACUAUUUGGACGGAUUAGAGCAGGACAGAUGGGAGCAUCGCUGGGAGAAGUGUGUAGAGGUACAAGGAGACUAUGUACAAAAAUAA